AUGAUUUUGGAGCUGUUGCGAUCGUCGGUGCGUGUAUCCGCUACCGCCCGAGGCUUCUCGUCCACGAGCGCAAAGCGUCCGAAGCCCAUUCGUGUCAAGAAGAGCGAGGCGCGUCGUAUCGUGCCUAAGACACCAAAGCCGUCCAAUGCACUCGCGGAAGUGCCUGCUCAAUCGAAUGUCCCUGCGAAUCCGUUCGUGCAGUCUGAUUCGCAGGCACCUCAGACAUUUGGUGGCGUGAUGAAAGAGAGUUUCUUAUGGGGAAUGGGCAUGGCCGCAGCGUUUUCGGUGGUUGGCAUUCUUUUCAGCAGGAUGGAAGAGUCACCGGCCACGGACAAGUUCGAGGGAAGCUUCGUCGGAUCGGCAGAUGGUGAGGAUGUCGGCUUUUAA